CGAAACGACGCCAUCGGGAACGUUUCACUGAAGGAGUGCUCUUACGAGACGGACUUGUGCUUGCGAAAUGAGUUUUAGAGGCAAUCGUGGUAACCGUGGAGGGUUUGGAAUGCCAAACUCUUCCAAUAUCACUGGUCCUGGUGCUCAGCUGAAUCAGCUGGCCAACGAACAACAGUUGAGAAAUGCAGUCCAGGUUGAAGUUCGUGGAUGGCAAGGUGGCUCCAAAGAUGACGUUGUAGCGUUCAUUUCGAGAAAGACGCGUAUCACGCUGAUGAGCUCGAGCAUUGAGAAUGAUGCUGUUGUUGGGUACGUCAAGACACAGAACGAUGCCAAUCAGUUGAAGUCGUGGAACGGGGUGAGAUUUGCAGGGAAUGCCCUGGAGUUCAAGGUCAGAUCUACGGCGACGUCGAGUACCAUAGAGAUGUUGAAAGCGUUUCUGCACAGACGCUAUAACCAGCAGUUGAAGAUGCUUGAUCUGAGUAACAUUGCUAGUGACACACAACUACAAUCUCAAGGUGCCUUCUCCUCAAUGACGACACAAUCGAAGAUGUUCCCGGCGUUGAUGAAGCUGGCAUCCCAGGAGAAAUUCAUCGUGGAGAGUGUCAACUUGAGCGAUAACAACCUUCAGGACCUCUCAGGGAUAUCCUCUCUGGCACAGACUUUCCCACAUCUUGUGAAUUUGGCUCUGUCAAAUAAUGCCAUCUCAAGGCUGAAAGCUCUGGAGAUAUGGAAACACAAGUUCAAGGCCCUUAGGGAACUGGUUAUGGCCAAUAAUCCAAUAACUUCAAACCCACUGUACAAAGAUGAAGUUUCAAAAGUUUUCCCCCGCUUGGUUAUACUUGAUGGUGUUGUCAUUCGUGAUGAGGCCAAACUAAAGGCCAUAUACGAAUUGCCUUUACCACAUAAGCAGUUCUUCUUUGAAGACGCAGAGAUUCAGCAACUUUCCACGCAGUUCAUCUCAAACUUCUUACAAUGCUGGGAUAACGACCGUUCCCAAUUGAUGCCAUUGUAUACACCUGAUUCCCAGUUCUCACUUUCAGCUGAUUCUUCGGUACCUAACGAUGCACAGGCAAGCGACGUUUCAUUUGGAUUGUACUUACCAUUAUCGAGAAACAUUUCAAGAGUUUCAAAUACCAGGUCUCGUGAACAGAGAUUGGGGAAAGGUCAAGAACAAAUCUACAAGUUGUUCCAACAGCUACCAAAGACUAAACAUAAGCUGGAUACAGAUCCUCAGUUGUACAGUGUCGAGGCAUGGAGAUACCCUCAAGUUAACGGUUUCUUGGUGUCUCUUCACGGUGAAGACCAGGAAGUUGCGCAGCCAGAAGUACACCCAGAUCAGAACAACGGUAGUAACCGCAACAGAAAUUACAGACGCAACGUCGGGGGUUCCAGUUCAAACAAUAAGCUAACCCCAAAGUCAUUUGAUAGGGUGUUUACCAUCGUUCCCGGUCCAGGUUCGCUCAUUAUUGCAUCAGAUAUGCUUAUAGUUCGUCCAUUGGCAAAUGCAAAGGCAUGGUCUGAACAGGAGAUGCAACCUCAACAACAACCAUCACAACCACAAUCCAACACAACUUCAACACAAGGAACACCACAGCCAGGCGUCCAAUUACCACCUAAUUUAACACCACAACAAGGACAAAUGGUUGAAAGGCUGAUGAUGGAAACCAAGUUAAACCUACAGUUCACACUGUUACUAUCGGAACAAGCUGGUUGGAACUACGAAAAUGCAUUGAGAGGGUUCACGGAAUCUCACCAGAACGGUCAAGUACCACCAGAGGCAUUCCAGUGACUGGUUUGUUGUGUCGUCUUCUUCUAAGAGGCGUCCAUUAUAGAAAAGGAGAAAAAAGGUCUUCAAGACUUCAAAUGUUAUUAUUCUGAGUUCCAUAUAGC